AUGUCCUCAUCCAGCGAUGACGACGAAGUCGAAUCUGUCGCGCCAAUCGAGCUGAGCGAAUACGAGACCGAUUUUGACCGUGAAUCUGAUCUUUUAUACGAUUCUAAUUAUGAAUCAGAUACGGACUCUGAAUGGGAACGUCAUCGUCUGGCUUGGCACCACACGAUGGCAGGCCCGAGCUGCGGUCUGUGCAGAUUCGAAUUCGAAGCCGACGAAGACUUUGUUGUUUACAAUCCGGUCAGUCACCGCUACCCUCGCAUUUGGAACGGCACGUACGUACUGGGGUAUGAUAAGUACUUUGCAAUAGAGCUCGGGUUCCACCACGGGCAGUGUGAGAUCAUCGUCAGGGUCACUAGGAUCUCGGCUUUUCCAGGUAUCUAG